AAUACAGGAAAUAGAGAGGUUUGUUUUGUUUAUGUGUGGAGAGGAGGUUGCAGUCAGUGAUGAUUUUACAACACGCUGUCUCCUGCUGUUUAAAGUAUUUAGGCUGGGGUGAAAUGUUUUCUAAUAAUUAGUGAUUUUUGUGUUUGUUUAUUACCUGCACGGAGUUCCGUGAAAAGGAAAGCAUCCCUUUUCUGUGUUGAAUUUCACACACAGAGCGGAGCGCGUCAGUCGCAGCUACAGACAAGUCGAGCUUUUCAAUGAGAUGAUUUACUGAGAAACAAACGCGUUGAAGCUCCAGCAGAGCUCUGCGCGAUUCUGAAAGACCAAAGUAAAGUUACUCCUUGCAAAGCCUGUUGUUUGUGUUCUUUCUUUAUCACACCAGAAGAAGUGAUGAAUAUAUUUGAAUGGGAAGGCUACAGUUAAAAAUAAAUAUUAGUAAAUACAAACCGCAGGCGGCGUUUCUGAAUGAAAAGAGGAUUCCGCUACUAGACCAGUCUGAAACUCAAACCAGUGAAGAUGGACGGCAGCGUGUCCGUGUCGCUCUUUCAAGACGAUCUCGCCUCGACCAUCGAGCACGCAGUGAAAUCGGCUGUAGACACCAUCUUGUGUGCGAUUACUAAAGUUGUCGGCAGCAAAUUCACUGAAUUCCAGGUGGAAAUGGCUGGAAAGGAGAAAGAGAAUGAAAGUCUGAAGCUGAGAUUGGAAAUAUCAGAGAACGAGCUGAAAGCUGUGCGAGGGUGUAUAAACGCUGCAGAUGCAGACAUUAAACAACCUUUAAUAUUUCAAGAUCCCAAAGAGACCCACGCUAACUCUGAAUCUGAAGCACAGGAGGGGCCAAAGAUAGAAGCAGUUUGCACACAAGAGGAGUCCUUUAAGCAGGAGUGGUGUGCAAGUCUAAUGCAGGUUACAGAGCUGGCAUGUGUUAAAGAUGAAGAGGUCCAUCAACAGGAAUGUGUUCCUAUUAAAGAGGAAUUCAUAGAGCAGGAAUGUGUCCCCAUCGCAGAGGAACUUCCUCAUGAAAAUCAUGUCUGUACACUUGAGGAGAACAACAAGCUGGGAUCCAACCUGUGUGAUGACUCUCCAUCUGAAUGUGAACUGGGAUUCAGAGCUUCUAAAGUAGAUGAAGGAGAACACGACUCCACUCUAUCACCCCAGUGCAAAAACUCUCCUAGAGGCAAACCACAGUGCAAGAAACACAGAGAAACGACACCCCAAGAAGAGUAUGUGAAGACAUUGAGAACUCACUCAGUUACAAUCCCUUCUUUACAAGACAGACACCCACUUACUGUGGAGAGUACAGAGACGCCACAUUCUGUGUGUUUUAACAAUUCUGAAACCCAGGGCAGCUUGAAGACCUUGCCUCAUUCUAUUAAAGCUUCUAAAGUAGAUGAAGGAGAACACGACUCCACUCCAUCACCCCAGUGCAAAAACUCUUCUAGAGGCAAACCACAGUGCAAGAAGCACAGAGAAACGACACCCCAAGAAGAGUAUGUGAAGACAUUGAGAACUCACUCAGUUAAAAUCCCUUCCUUACAAGACAGACACCCACUUAAUGUGGAGAGUACAGAGACGGCACAUUCUGCAUGUUUUAACAAUUCUGAAACCCAGGGCACCUUGAAGACUUUGCCUCAUUCGAUUAAAGGUGGGAAGAGUUCCUGUCAAUUAGACGCUCCUGAAACUCACAAGGGAAAUCCCACAGGAGGGACUGCGUUUUCCUGGGCUGAUUGUAGGAAGAGUUUCAAUCAUAUAUCACUCCUUCAAAGACACCCGCGCAUACACACAGGAGAGAAACCUUCCCACACACAGUACAGUGAUAAGAGUUUCACACAGUUAGGAAAUCUUCAUUCACACCAGCACAUUCACAUAAGAGAGAAACUUUAUCACUGUUCUGUUUGUGGGAAGAGAUUCAAUCACUCAGGAAACCUUAAAAUCCACCAGCGCAUUCACACAGGAGAGAAACCUUAUCACUGUUCUCUUUGUGGAAAGCGAUUCAGUCAGGUAGGAGACCUUAAAAAACACAAGCGCAUUCACACAGGAGAGAAACCUUAUCACUGUUCUGUUUGUGGGAAGAGAUUCAGCCAGUUAGGAAACCUUAAAAGACACCAUAACAUUCACACAGGUGUGUAAUCCUAUCCCUGCAUUUAAUGUGCGAAGAAGUGAAGUCAGUUGCAGGCUCUUGCAGGACUCGAGAACAUUCUCAGAGUUGCAGACACUUGGGGACACCUAAACAACAGGAGUGCCUUUGACUAAAUACAGAAAUAUUUACUGAAAACAAAAGAAUAAACUUGCUUGAUAAAUAGGGUCAGCCCUGAUCACAAUUUGUUCAGAUCAAAAACUCACCCAAAUAUGAACGACUAACAUAUUUUAUUCAAUAUCUUGUUGAGCAUUCAGAUUUUGUUACAUCACAUUAGUAAUAUUUAAAUAGACUGUUAUUAUGAGUGCAAGUUUCUCUUUUUUACUCCUGCAUUGCUCAGCCUCUUGCAGUGUGUUGGGUGGAAAAUUCCCUGAUACCAUGGUGAAUCUCCGGCACCUCAACCUGCAGCACAGUAUACUGCAGUUAUCAUGCAAGCAGCCUGAAGUGUAAAACCAAUACUGCUUCCAGCAGGGUGCACCAGAGAGCCUUUUCAUUUAAUAAAUAUGCGCUCCAGUGCUUCAACCUCAGUACUUGUGUGUGUGUCAACUUCCUGGACUGGGGACGUGUGACAGAAAUAGAAUGAUUCUUGGUGGUAAAUCUCCCUCCCGACCUGUGAAGGCGCUAAUUACAGGGAACAGAGUAUUAUUAUUAUUAUUAUUAUUUGUUUAUUUAGCAGACGCCUUUAUCCAAGGCGACUUACAGAGACUAGGGUGUGUGAACUAUGCAUCAGUUACAGAGUCACUUACAAUUACGUCUCACCCGAAAGACGGAGCACAAGGAGGUGAAGUGACUUGCUCAGGGUCACGCAAUGAGUCAGUGGCUGAGGUGGGAUUUGAACCGGGGACCUCCUGGUUACAAGCCCUUUUCUUUAACCACUGGACCACACAGCCUCCUAUGUACCCAGAGUACCCUGGACUGACAAUUCAUUCCCAGGGAUAAAGGGAAGUCAUCAUCUAGAAAGGGGGUGGAACUCCGGUGCACUAACUCAUCGACCCGAAAGGGAAACGAUGUGGCAGCUGCAGAUUGGAGGGACGGUUGCAAUCGUUUAUCAAGGGGUCACGAGUGACGGUACAAAUAGGGGACGGAGCGACAUUAAUGGUUAAUGGUUAAGGAAUGACUCGGAAGGGCCAGUAUUGUGUUUAUCAUACCGUGAGUGUUUUGUUUGUUUGUCUCUAAUUGUUACUUUUUGCUAUUAUUAGUAGACAGCUAACACGUUCCGGAGCUGUCGCCAGAGGCCAGCAUUAACCCGGACAUCACUGCACCUGUAUCACGAUAACUUGUAUUUGCGCCACAAGCACUACAGCACUCACCCAGGACUGGUGACCGUGUUUGUAUAUUGUGGAUGUAACUGUGUUUAUUAUUUGGGACUGCAAACCCGUUUUAUAGAACAGUGCCGUACACAUUGCUGUGUAUUGCCUGGGAUUAUUGUUUUGGUCACCAGACCUGGAUUAAAAAUUAAAUCUCUUUCUGAUUGGAUUAUCACUGUCUGUCUCUUCAUUGUGCACUGCAUUACUCCUACACCUGUACCCUGUGAACCACUUUGCCACAUGUGGUGUCAGACCAACGGGAUUAUGGAUUGCACUGAACUAGCAGAGCUGAUGAAGGCGCUGGACAGUAGACGAGAGGCCAAGGAGAGAGGAGCGGUACCCACUGCUCAUUGAGAGGGUAGGUCUGGCAAUAACGGCACGCCCUUCAAUAGCACCUGUGAUGAUGGUGCCGAAGGCACGGGCAUUGAAGAUGACGACGGAGGAUGACCUGGAAUCGUACUUGGUCGCUUUCGAUCGGCUGGCUACCACCGUGUCAUGGCUGCAGGAGUUCUGGGCGAGCCAGCUGGGACCCUGCUUGA